AUGUAUUUCCCUCUAACCACUCUCUUUUCGUCCGUGCUCUUUGCCAUUCUGGUUUCAUCCCAGGUUGUCUCUCUCGACAAAAAUGUCGAAGCGUGUAACGACAUUCUUGGUAUCCCGUCGGCGGUGGCGGUGCCCGGUGGUUUCUCUAAUGUCGAUUGUGACGAGGAGAACGUAAAGGAAGCCGCACAACUUAUACAAGUUCCCGGGGCAGAGAUUUUGGGGGUCACCGGGCAGGUGGUUGCCGGUGAGAAGUUUGUCUUCUUCGUGGUGAGUGUAUUACGUGGCAGUUUUAACCAACAGUAUACCAGUAUGGCUAAUAUCAAAUAA